GACACAAGAACACAUAUAAUUUUUUUUUUCUCUGUUUAUGGAAAUGAGGUGCUCGGUGGGAGCUCAAGUGCUUCAGAUUCUAGGGCUUGUGCUAUUCCUUGGCAUCCACUGUUGCGAAGCUAUUGCUCGCCAUACGUUCGUGAUCAAGGAAACACCCUAUACGUGGCUAUGCAGCACCAAGAGCAUACUAACCGUUAACGGCCAAUUCCCCGGCCCGACUUUAUACGCACACAAAGGUGACACGGUCACCGUGGAUGUGUACAACAAGGCCAAUUAUAACAUUACUAUUCACUGGCACGGUGUGAAACAGCCAAGGAAUCCUUGGCACAAUGGUCCCGAAUACAUCACACAGUGCCCGAUUAAACCCGGAGGGAAAUUCACGCAGAAUGUGACGUUCUCGCUUGAGGAGGGGACGCUUUGGUGGCACGCUCACAGUGACUGGUCGCGUGCCACUGUCCAUGGCGCCAUUAUUGUUUACCCAAAGAAUAGCACAAGCUAUGCUUUUGAUAAGCCUCAUGUAGAAGUGCCGAUCGUAUUAGGAGAAUGGUGGAAACAAGAUAUAGUCGAUAUAUACGAUGAGUUUCGUGAAAGUGGGGGAGAUCCAAACACUUCAGAUGCUUAUCUCAUUAAUGGUCAACCGGGCGAUUUGUAUCCAUGCUCAAAACAAGAUACGUUCAAGUUGGCCGUGGACUACGGCAAAACCUACCUCCUCCGGCUCAUCAACGCGGCAAUGCAGGACAUCCUCUUCUUCGCAAUUGCGAAUCACCAAGUCACGGUGGUCGGCACUGAUGCCUCCUACACGAAGCCCCUGAAGGUUGACUACAUCGCCAUCUCUCCGGGCCAAACCAUUGAUCUCCUCUUGGAGGCCAACCAGCCCAAGGACCAUUACUAUAUGGCUGCUAGGGUUUACUCGAGCGCAGCCGGUGUUACAUACGACAACACAACCACCACGGCCCUAAUCCAAUAUAAAGGUCGAUACACACCGUCCUCGCCUCCUCCUCUACCUUACCUUCCAUACUACAAUGACACGGCUUCAUCGGUCAACUUCACCGGAAGACUCCGGAGCUUAGCUAGAGGAGACCACCCCAUAAGUGUCCCGCAGAACGUGACCCACAAGUUCCUGUUCACCAUCUCGGUGAACACGUUCCCUUGCGCGAAUGACUCGUGUGCCGGGCCGAACGGGUCCCGCCUCGCUGCAAGCAUGAACAACGUAAGCUUCGUGUCCCCGUCGAUCGACAUACUCCAAGCCUAUUACCACCGCAUCAAGGGCGUGUACGGCAACCGGUUCCCGAGCGAGCCCCCACUCAAGUUUAACUACACUGCAGAUUACCUCCCACUGGCCCUGGAGACACCGCAAAACGGGACGGAGGUCAAGGUGAUCGAGUACAAUUCGACGGUGGAGAUGGUCUUGCAGGGGACCAACUUGGUGGCCGGGACCGAUCAUCCCAUGCACCUCCAUGGGACCAGCUUUUACGUGGUGGGGUGGGGAUUUGGCAAUUUCGACAAGAAGAAGGACCCCAAAAAUUAUAAUUUGGUGGACCCUCCAUUGCAAAAUACCAUCGCGGUGCCCAAGAAUGGAUGGGCCGCGGUGAGAUUCCAAGCCUUCAAUCCAGGAGUUUGGUUCAUGCAUUGUCAUCUUGAACGACACUUGACAUGGGGCAUGGAGAUGGCGUUCAUCGUUAAGAAUGGCCCGACCCCAGAUUCGCAGAUACUUCCACCGCCGCCAGACAUGCCGCCGUGCUGAUGUAAUGGAACAUAUGGGUUGUUAUUAGCCCUUUGAAGUGCCCUUGUUGAGUCGUCAAUCUUUUUUAUUUCAUUUUUGUUAGUUUUUAGUAUUUGAAGAUUUGAGGAGGCAUCUGAAUCGGAAUUUAGGUGCUGUCCUAAUCCAGACGCGCAAUGCUUGAUUUGUCUGGUCUUAAGAGAAUAUGUUGUCGAAUAGUAUUCCGUUUUCUGGCGGAAGAAAUGUACUCAUGUCACUAUCUAUGCUUGUUGUAAGAAUUUGAUGAUCAAGAAUAAAACAAUUUGUGAACA